CGAUAGAAGGAAAAAUCCAGCCGAGAAAUAUAGCGAGCGAAAACUCGGCAAGAGAGAGAGAGAAAGAGAGAGCGCAUGUAGUCGUUCUUGCGUGAUACGGCAGUCUGAAAAACUAUUACAUUGAUCGUACGUGCCUUCCUGUGCACUGAUAGCUCCAGAUCGACGAGCUCAAUACAUUGCUUUUUCACUAUUUUCUUGUUUUCUUGACGAAUCAUCCAUCAAUCUUCUUCGUAUCAUAGAUUUUAUUUUUGAAGAAAUGAUGGUGAAUUCAUUUGUUUUGAGGAUUAGUCUUUCUUGAAGGUGGAUAUGGACGAUCGAGGAGGUUCGUUUGUUGCAGUGAGAAGACUAUCGCAAGGUCUUGAUCGAGGCAACGCUUUUCAUCCUACUUCUGCUGAGGUGGUAGCAGGAUCUGCAGCUUGGCUUGGUAAAGGCCUUUCUUGUGUUUGUGCUCAACGCAGAGAAAGUGAUGUACGCCUGUCAUUUGAUUUGACUCCAUCACAGGAAGAAUGCUUGCAAAGGCUACAGAAUCGAAUAGAUGUUGCAUAUGAUAGCUCAAUGUCUGAACACCAGGAUGCUUUGAAGGCUUUGUGGAAAGCUUCUUUUCCAGAGGAAGAACUAGUUGGACUGAUAUCUGAACAGUGGAAGGAAAUGGGCUGGCAGGGAAAAGAUCCAUCAACAGACUUUAGGGGUGGUGGUUUCAUAUCACUAGAGAAUUUGCUGUACUUCGCAAGAAAAUUUCCGGAAGUUUUCCAGGAUCUUCUUCACAAGCGGGAAGGUGAUCGAGCCUUGUGGGAAUAUCCAUUUGCUGUUGCUGGUGUAAAUAUCACUUUUAUGCUCAUUCAGAUGCUCGAUCUUGAAGCAGUGAAACCGCGAACAUUGGUGGGUGCAACCUUCUUGAAGCUUCUUGUUGAAAAUGAAUCAGCCUUUGACCUUCUGUUCUCCAUUACGUUCAAGCUGAUGGAUCACCAAUGGCUUUCAAUGCGUGCUUCUUAUAUGGACUUUAAUGCGGUAAUGAAGGCUACCCGUCGUCAACUGGAAAGGGAGAUAUUGCAAGAAGACGUAACUAGGGUUGAAGAUUUGCCUUCAUAUAGCCUUCUGGUCGGACAACAACCCUCUAAUUGUAAGAUUUAGUGACUCUCAACUGCUGCUAUCUUCUCUGUUUACUAUAUUUUGUUCUACAUUUUGCCAUGAAGAUUGUUAGAUUUGGCUAUUUGAAUUUGAAUCCUCCCAAGAGAAGAGAAAAUGAGAGGUAAUUCUUCUGACAUGCUCUAACUCUGUGUUUCUUAGAUGUGUAAUUUGAACCCUUGUAAGAGUGAGAUGUUUAAUGAUCUACUUUCAUGUCAAAUUGUAAAAAAAAUAUUGUUACCUUCACUAGUGGUAAGUUCAAACUCUGGAUUCAA